AUGAAAGUUGUGGAUGAGUACACCCCAGAGGAAGGUCAUUUACAGUUAUUAAUCGAAAAGCUGGAGCUUUGCUGUACAACGUUUGACUUUACCGUUUAUGACCCAAUCACAUUGGAGGGGAGAAAAGCAAAGACGGCAGCGCUGAGAGAGGUGAGUGCCUACCUCUUUGAGUCACCUGUCACGAGCAUCACCUCGGAGGAGACGGCGUAUGCGGCCUGCGUGCAUAUGUUUGCUGCCAACAUCUUCCGGCCUCUGCCACCACCGUCUUCGGCUUUACAAGCAUCCUCAGGGGAUCAUUACGAGCCCCCUGACAGCGCUGACGAAGAAGAGACUCAGGACCCAGCUUGGCCUCAUCUUGAGUUGGUGUAUGAAAUUUUUCUGCGCUUCCUUUCUCUCCUGGACAUUAAAACACUCUUUCUGAAGAAGUACAUAGACAAGACGUUUGUGCUCAACCUCCUUGCCAUCUUCGACACCGAGGACCGUCGUGAGAGAGCCUGCGCAAAGAUGAUACUGCACAGAAUCUACGCAAGGCUAAUACAACUUCGUGGCUUCAUUCGGGAGCAGAUUGUCGUCACACUUCAGAGCUUUGUUUAUGAGGCCGAGCAAUUCAAUGGUAUUGGAGAGCUACUGGAGAUAUUUGGAAGCAUUGUGAGUGGAUAUCAAACACCACUAAAAGAAGAGCACAUAGAAAAUCUGCAAAGAGUGAUCCUGCCGCUUCACAAGCCCCAGUCCAUCUCCGCCUAUCACCCUCAGCUCGCCUAUUGUAUUGCCCAGUUUUUGGAAAAGGACACAUCCCUCCUUCGAUACAUUGUCAAUGGAGGAAUCUUGAAAUACUGGCCAAGGACUCAGAGUGCAAAGGCAGUUAUGUUUUUGAAUGAGCUUGAGGAAUUCCUGGAAAUGGUCACUGAGCCGGACUUUGAGUCAGUGAUGGUGCCUGUCUUCAAGAGACUAGCAGCUGGUUACACCAAUUGCCAUUUUCAGCUGGCUGAGCGCUCCCUAAUCGUCACCUACAACGCCACCAUCUUCAGUAUGGCCUCCCAUCACGCCGAUCAACUUCUGCCCAUCGUUCUGCCCGCCUUAAAGGCGGCUCAACAACACUGGCACAUCGGAAUACAAGACCAUGCCGAAACCAUUCUGGAGAAGUGGAAAGGAGUUGAUCCCGACCUCUUUGAGCGUUGCAUGCACGAACUGGCUCACGACAAGGAAAUGGAGAUCAAACGUAUCAAAGACAGAAACAAUUUGUGGACUAAAAUAGAGGAGUUCGCAGCCAAACACUCAGAGUUGAUGCUUAACAGUCACGCAGAGACAAAUGCGACCGGUGACAUAGCAGCACACGACUCCGUCAGAGAAGCAGCCUCGGAAUUGCUUAACGGAGGUACGCUCAACUACACAAUUCCAACCAGGUAUGGUCGCCGGCAACUUGUGCUCUCUCUCUCUCUCCCUCUCUCUCUCUCUCUCUCUAAUCCGCAUCCCCUUAUCAUUUAA